UUUAUCUCACAUUUCAAGCAUUGAUUGUCUCGUGUUUGACACAAAAGAUUUCAGAUUUCGAGACAAUAGACUCCGAGAGUCAACCCUAUUGUCCAAUGAAUGAAUUCAAUGUGUUUUCACGUAUAUUCUUCACUUGGAUGGUCACUAUUAUGAAGUAUGGCUACAAAAGCAAUGCCGAUCUUCGACCACAUUUAUUACCAAAUUGCGAUUACAUAACCUCCCGUACCUCACACAAUGCAUUUGAAUUGGCUAAUAAAAAAUAUAAUCCUAAAUUACUGCCUAAGAUUAGACUAUUGCCACUGAUUUGGUGCACGACAUGCAAUGCAUUCAUAAUAUCGGCGAUAUUUGAUUUGGCAUUUAUUGCUUCAGAUUUUACGGCACCUUAUGUUCUCUCAGCACUCAUUGACUUCAUAUCAAACAAUGACAACCAUCUAUGGCACGGCAUAUUUUAUGCCAUAAGCUACUGUUUCUUUAUUGUUUGUGCCCGUGUGUUGGAUGACCAUAACUUUUGGUUUACUAGUAUCGCCUAUUAUCGUGUUCAGGCAUCACUUACCAGUGCACUAUACUGUAAAAUGCUUCGACUUAGUCCCGGUGCUCGUCGUCAAUAUACAACUGGUGAGAUCAAUAACAUAAUGGGUGUCGACGUGUCUGAGAUUUGUAUGUUUUUUCAUCAAAUGUCAAACUUAUACGGCUUUCCACUGUGUAUUGGUAUCGGUCUAUACAUAUUGUGGUUACAAUUAGGAUCGGCAUCGUUGUCAUUGGUGGCUGUUAUGCUGAUUGCCGGACCAUUUACCACAUAUGCUAUGAGACGUAUCGACAAAUUGCAGACCAAACAGAUGGAGUUCAAAGACAAACGUAUGCAUCAAAUUAGUGAAGUCUUGAAUAAUAUAAAACUGUUGAAACUGUUUGGUUGGGAGAAGCCAUUCAUGGAUAGAAUAACCAAAACAAGAAACCGUGAGCUCCGGGCACUAAAUAAUGUUAACUAUUGGAGAAUAUGUAUUGAUAUUAUGUGGACUUCAGUACCAAUGAUUAUUGCCGGCAUAUCAUUCACUAUCUAUACGUUGACAUCAAUUGAACCGUUUAGUGCCAAAAAAGCAUUUGUAUCGUUAUUUGUAUUAAAUAUGAUUAGAUCACCAAUGGCCAGACUUCCCAAUGUAUUGAGUCAUUUAGCGCGAGCUAUCGUUUCAUUUAGACGAAUACAAAAGUAUUUAAGUGCUGAGGAAUUGGAUGAAAGUUUGGGAAUUAUAGACGAUGUCAGUCAUCAUAGAUAUGCUAUAUCUCUUAGAAACUGUAUAUUUGCGUGGAAUAUAAAUGAAGAACCAAUUUUGAAAGAUAUCACUUUAAAUAUAAAAAGAGGUUCAUUGGUGGCUAUUGUCGGACGAGUUGGUUCAGGAAAGUCGUCUUUGUUUUCAGCAAUUUUGGGAGAUAUGUAUCAAACAGGAGGACAGAGAUCAACAAUUGCCGGAAGUGUGUCAUAUGUGCCACAAACGGCAUGGAUUCAAAACAUGACUUUAAGAGAUAAUAUAGUGUUUGUCUCUGAAUAUGAAUCGACAAAAUAUGAGAGAGUAGUCAAUGCUUGUGCUCUCAAAACAGACUUUGAUUUAUUACCGGCGCGUGAUUUGUCUGAAAUCGGAGAAAAGGGAAUCAAUUUAAGUGGCGGACAAAAACAUAGAGUGAGUUUAGCCCGAGCUGUAUAUCAGGACACAGAUGUGUAUCUAUUGGACGACCCGUUGGCCGCUGUGGACGCACACGUGGCUCAACAUCUGUUUGAACACGUGAUCGGACCUAAAGGACUGUUAAGACAAAAAACACGUUUAUUGGCCACACAUAACAUAUAUUUUCUUAAAGAAAUGGAUUGUAUUAUUCUUAUGAGUGGCGGACGUAUUCAGGAUUUAGGUACUUAUGAAGAGUUGUCCGAUAGGGGUAUGCUUUCGGAACAAAUGUUGGACAAUAAAUCAGAUGAGAUGUCAAUUGAUAGUGAAGAUCAAACAUCGCUACAAUCUAUACGAAUGAAUACAAAUAGACAGUUAUCGAGACGACUAUCAAAACAGACAUCACGACAACUAUCACAGAGAAGUGAAUCAGAAAUUGAUAAUAAAAUAGAGACACUAAAGGAACGGUUAGAAAGGGAGGCAAAAAAUGCUAAACUUAUUGAUGAAGAGCACCAACAGUUUGGAAGUAUUGAAUAUACAGUUUAUUUGGAUUAUUUAAGUCGAUGUGGACUAUGGCUUGUUAUCACUUCAAUGGUAUUUGUAUUUUUGUUUAAUGUUUGUGAUGUCGGCAGUAACUAUUGGGUCAGUUUGUGGACAUCAAAAAACACUACAGAAGUGGAUAACGUUUCUCGUAAAACAUUUGUAACUUACUAUUGGACUGCUAUACUACUAGUUGCCGUGUUUAUCCUAUUUGCACAGUUAGCUUUAAGAUACUGUGCCAUCAGGGCGUCCCGUGUAUUGCACAGCGAUAUGCUAUACAGUAUACUUCGUACACCACUGUCCUUCUUUGAUACCACUCCUUUGGGUCGUAUUAUCAAUCGAUUCAAUCAAGACUUUGAAUUGAUUGACACAGAAAUACCGUUUUAUAUAAUGGAUACAACAAAGACUACAUUUUGGUUUAUAAUAAUUAUGGCUAUCAUUGUCUACACCAAUGCAUAUAUGAUUAUAUUUAUAGUGAUUGUGAUUAUACUAUUUGUUUUAUGUUACAAAUAUUUUUUAUGGACGGCCAGACAGUUGAACCGUUUAAAUUCAAUCACUCGAUCACCAGUUUAUAGUCAUUUCAAUGAAAGUAUUUCGGGUGCCGUUUCCAUACGUGUCUAUCGAGUCCAACAAAUUUUCAUCGAUAGACUAUAUAGACUAAUGGAUAUCAACAUCAAUAUACACAGACAUAUGGUUUCAGCAGCACUUUGGAUUGAAAUAUGGUGUGCACUUAUUGCAUCAAUUAUUAUACUGUCGACUGCUAUGUUAGUAGUAAAUUACGGUAAAAGUAUAUCCCCGGGUGUGGCCGGGUUUCUACUUAUUUAUUCGGUUGAGAUUGUAUGGGGCGUCACAUUUUCAUUGAGAAUGGCCGCAGAUCUCGAAACAGAAAUGGUUGCCGUCGAGAGGGUCAGGGAGUACUCACAAGUAAAACAGGAAUGUAAUUGGGAAUCAACUCUAGAUAAGAAACCAAAUGAUAACUGGCCCGCAAAAGCACAAAUAAAUUUUAUAGACUAUUCGGCUUCAUAUAGAUCAGAGUUAGCACCAGUGCUUAAAAAUAUCAAUUUUCGAGUGGAGUCGGGAGAGAAAGUGGGAAUAGUUGGCCGAACCGGUGCCGGAAAAUCAUCGAUAACUUUGGCACUGUUUAGAAUAAUUGAACCGAAAACUGGUCAAAUUGUAAUCGAUGACAUCGAUAUCACACAAAUAGGAUUACAUGAUUUGCGAUCCAAACUAACAAUUAUACCACAAGAACCAAAUCUAUUUGCUGGAACUCUUAGACUUAAUUUGGAUCCAUUGGAGGAAUAUUCAGACCAACAGUUGUGGACAGCACUGGAAAGGUCGCACUUAAAGGAUUUUAUAUCUCAAUCAAGUGAUGGUUUAUUGUAUGAGAUAGCAGAAGGCGGUGACAACUUGAGUGCCGGUCAGAGACAACUCGUAUGUCUGGCCAGAGCUAUGUUACGUAACACUCGUAUCCUAAUCCUCGACGAAGCGACCGCUGCCUGCGAUCUGGAGACCGAUCUAUUGAUUCAAUCGACAAUUAAAGAAGAGUUCAGCGAUUCAACAGUACUGACAAUCGCUCAUCGAUUGAAUACAGUAUUGGAUUACAAUAAGAUUAUAGUAUUGGAUAACGGGAUGAUUAAGGAAAUGGAUUCACCAGACAAUCUGCUCCGGGAUUCCGGUUCACUAUUCUAUAGUUUAGCCAAAGAAUUCGGAAUAGUUUAA